AUGACAACGGAUUCGCUUUCGUUUCAUCCAACCGAGUCUCUAGUCCUCUCAACCAAGCGCCGCUUUUUCCCGCUCAAGAUUCCAAAUUUCCACCAACAACUUCGCAACUAUAUAAGCACCGCCGAUCCGGAUCGGAUUUACGUCGUCGCCCAUAAGUUCGUUUACGCCAUUCAUAUCUCAACACAAAAGCGGGAAACAAUCGGUGUAAUCCCUUUUGAUCCAAAAUGUAUGGCUGCAGGUCACGGCUGGGUUGCAGUUGGGGGAUCGGACAACGGCGAAUGUGCCUUCAUCAGGCUACCUGAUUACAGCGCAUGUACCCAGGGCAGUACCCCGGCUGGCCAGCCUGGCGAUGUAGAUAGUGCUCUUCCGAUUGGGUUUGAAACCUCAACAGGGAUCUCAUCGCCUAGGAAUAAUGGUGAUGAGAUGAGGCCAGCUCGGGACACUAGCGGGAGGCAAGUGCCGGAAAUGCAGCUGCAUACAUUUGGAGGCAGCAUCGUGAACUCGGUCACCAUUCAUCGACUUCCUGGUGGUGAAAAGGAUCUAUCACAUGAAGAUGUGGCAAUUCUCAGUAACAACGAUAAAACUGUCACAGUGUACGCCCUGGCCAGGUCGAAGGUUCUGAAAGUUCUCCAUCAUCCGGCUUGUAUGAAUUAUGCGAUUAUAUCCCCAGACUCGAGUCUCCUCGCUGCCGUUGGCGAUGAAACUCGCGCAUAUUUCUAUGAGAUUAGCCGCGACCUUGAAUCGAUUGUCACAACAGAAACUGGCGACAAGCUUUGUGGAUGGAACUGGGACCCUAUCCGCUGCAUAGAGAUGGACAUUGGCACGCGGUUUGAUGACGGCUGCUGUUUCACUAUCGCAUUCUCCCAGUUCAGCCGGUUAUGUGCAAUCGGUUCCCAGUCUGGGGUCAUUACCAUCUUUGAUGUGAGAACAAUUCGAGAUAUCACGCAUGAGCCCCACGGCGAAAACACGAUCAUCUGCCAUUUCAAUUCAUCUACAUCAUGCUGCAACGGUGGCGCUGUGCGCUGCAUUGCAUUUGCGCCAGAGCCCUGGGAUCUUCUAGUCUGGCUUGAAGAUAAGGGUCGGGCUGGUAUAGCAGAUGUACGCCAGGCGUUCGUUCGUCGUCAGAUUAUUCAACUAGACAUGAAUGAACCCGGGACCGAGGAGGUUUUUACAGAACCAAUCAUCGAGGAUUCUGAUUCUGAACUUGAGCUUGAUGGAACGCAACGCGAGAUGUUAGAUUCAGUCGAGGGGUUUCCAAACGACCAAGGAGGAGAAGGUCUCGAAAACCCGUUACUGAGUGAGACCUUUUUGCAGAACCUCACAGAAAGAGAAAGGCUGAUCGUAGAACAUCUAAACACAGCGCGAUGGACGUCCAGGCCUGGUGAUGGACGGACAGAACGACGAGCUAGAGCUUAUCCUCACCCGCCCACUGGGCCUCGUCAACAAGUUCAAGGUUCCACAGAUGGUGCCAAUCGAGCCUCUCGUCCUACGUCACCUCUGCGCCCCGGCGAAACGCUUGGCGAUUUGUUGCGAGAGGAAUACUCUGCGCGAGCAGAGGCACACGAGCGCAGGCAAAGUGCAAGACGUUCUACCACGAGUAUACCAACGUAUAAUCAAACUGAGACCAGUAAUCGUUCAUUAGAGACGGGUCCGUCGAAUAUUGAUCCGCAGCCCAGCAUUACACUCAGCUGGACUGCGUCCCCGUCAGAGCUGUACUCUGCCAUUUCGGGAGACCCCUCACAUAUCGCAGAACCGAGCUCGCGCGAUCCUGAUAGUUCUGGUAGCGAUAUCGGUUCUGUCAAUCGGCCUGGUGGGACGUUAACCCGCCCAUCCGCACAUUUUGACUAUUCAUCCACUGCAGAAUUAUUAUCCCGAUACCGAGCCCAUGACCAUCCUAGCUCAAGCCGUAGCCGACCUGAGAGGCAGGACGGCGUAGCUGAAGCUCGUCAUGAUUCAUCACGUCUCUCAACGACCGACUUCAGAGCAAGUGUUGCUGCAGAGCGGCUUCGACGGCAGCGACACAACUUGAAUGAAGCACGCAAUCGAAGCAAUCAACAAGACAGGCGGUACCUUGACCAGCUGGUGGCAUCUGAACAAAAUCGCCAUCCCCGUUGGGUUCGUAAUGUUUUGAAUGGGCUUCCGGAUCGAAGCACGGGGCUCAGACAUCGAGACCAAGAAUCCGGCGGUACGGCCGGCAUUGGCUGGGGUGCAGAUGGCCGAACAUUGUACAUUGCAACCGUGGAUGGCAUUUUCGAGUUUCUGGUCAACAUGACCGAUCGGAAGACGUUUCCCGUUAUCAAUUACAGGUGA